UGUGUGUGAUGUAUUUGGUACAUAAUUAUUUUUCCAUUAUUCAUAUAAUGGAAUAUACAUUUAUUUUAAUAUCUUCUAUUAUAUGUGUAGUCACACUUCUAAACUACAAAGAGCUGUUUUAAAUUCUAAUUGAAAAAAUAGCAUUAUAAAUUCUAGAAUACAGAAUAUUCAAACAAAUUUAUGCUUCAUGAUGAAAGAGUAUUGUCACACCUCUUGCCUCCAGAGUGGCACCCACUAGCAUUGCAUUUUGCAAUGUUAACAUCUUAAAUGUAUAUAAGUCUUUAGUCAAUUUUUUUAUUUUCAGAUUGAAAUUACCAAUUACUAAUACUACACUAGGCAACACACUAGCCUGACAAGAGUUACUCAACUGAUUAAGAUCAUCAGCAAACUUUCUAUAGCAUUAAUGAUGAAUGAUAACCUUGAAAAUUUGAAAUCAUGUUCAUUAGAAUUGCUUGGUCUCUUGUACCAAGUAAAACAAAACAAGGGUCGGAUGACCAAUGAACAAAUAGGAGAUCUAGAAAAAGUUGCUAGGAAAAUCAAGUCCAAUGCUCUUAGCGUAGAGUACAAAAGUGUGAAGCACCAAAAGGAAAUUGAAGAUCUACAAAACAAAAUAAGAGACACUGAGAAAGCCAUAAAUGAAGUCAACAUGAAAAAAGGAAAAGACCACCUUAAUCUAGAAAGAGAAAAUUUCUACUUAAAAAAGGAACUGCGGGAGAUUAAAAAAGAAACGGAAGAGCAAACGAAAUUAAUAGACUACUUGUCAAGUCAAAUGUCUCAAGCUAAAGAAUCGCAGCAAGAUAUAUUUGAGGAUGAUGACUUUGGUAAACUUAUCGAGGAUGUCAUGUCCAAUAUGUCUAGCAAAACUGCUGAAACAGAACAAUCAAGCAGCAAUACGGAAUCAAAUGAUUUGCUUCCAAGAGGAGACAAAAGACCUGUAGAGGAAACUGACAAUAAAUCCUACAAGAAAAAGAAAUGAAUGCUUGUAACAAAAUUAUAUAAAUAGUGUUCCAAAAUAAAUUAUGCAUUAACUGUUAAUUGUUUUUUAAAUUUAAUGUA